GUAGAAUUUUAUGACUCCUUCCAAAUAAUCUAGUAAUAUGAUAUAUCUUGUUCUUGUAUUCUAAAUUCUAAAUUCUUGAGUGUCCACCGGGUCGACUGAUUAACAUGAGUGUUUACGAGUUUAUGUUUAUUGUUGUUGUUAUUUGUUUUGCCAAUACUCAAUAGUGACUAUAGACUUAAAAGUUAUAGUUGUGAAUCGUGAUUGCAGACUUAACACUACACUUUCAUCAAUUUUCCAAUGAUUGUACAGAAUACGUUAACAUUUUACUUGUGAUUAGUAUUCAAUAGUUUAAACAUUCUGACUAAAUAUUUUAUUUGCUCUGUCUAAACCUUUGUCCGUUUUUUUGAAUCACAAACACAAUGGGUGAAAUCAUAUCAGACCAAGAGCUACGUCGCCGUUUGUCGGCAUUCAAUGCAGUGGUUCCUCCAGUUACCAGUACUACCAGGAAUUUGUUGUUGAAAAAGCUUGCAAGUCUUGAAGGUGGACAAUCAGACAAAACAGCUGCUACUAGUAGUAUGCCACCACCUAAGUUAAGGAGUUUGGCUAAUGGUACCAAUGAGUCGAUUAUGAUAUCAUCUUCUGUUGAUGGAAAACACUCGCAACAUAAGACAUUUGACAGUAUGAAUAGUCCCAGGAAAAGCGCUCGUCAACAGCGAAUGUAUAAGGCUCCAGAUCUAUUUGAUAACUCAGAUUCUGAAGCCGAUACUGGCUCACUAGGACGGUCCAUACUACCUGCCAAUCCAUACAUAGCUAGUUCUUCUCCUAAAUCAAAUGAAACGUCUUUAAUGAAUGUAUCCAACUGGAAAAAUACACCUGACCAUCAAAACUCAUAUGUGUCGCCAGAAACAAAAAAUUCUCCGGAAAAAAAACGAGAAAUACCAUCAGAGAAAAGAACAUCUAGACUUUUUGACUCUAAAGUAAUUAAAACAUCACCAGACGAAGUUAGUCGACAACUACGCUCGAGUUCUGUUUCCAAAACUCUAUCACAUGCUGACCAAGCAAUACAAAGAUGGAAAGAAAAAAUGAUGAACCAAUCACAGGAUAAAGAAACUCUAUCAAAGCCUUCGCUAUUUAAUUCACCAUCUCCUAUUUCAAAAAUAACUUCAAGAAGCUUAAGGAAAAACUAUCAAUCUACACAGCAAAAGAGUCUGAUAAAUUAUACAAAAAACACUCAACAUAUCAUUCUCCUUUUUGUUGGAUUUUUUGUAGUAAUUUUUGGAUUAUACUUCAUUUCAGUACAACCAACAACAGCUGUAUUGCCACCAAGUAUAUUAAGCUCAUUGUGUGCAAAAAAAGGUCUCCAAGGAGAUAAUUGUGAUACGGAACAAGAAAAAGUACAACGUUUGUAUAAUUCAUUAGUAUCACAGGUACAAGAUAAAUACAUAAAGAACCAAUGUGACAAAUCAGAUAUUGAGCCAAUUGUAAAUCCACAAACUGUAUUUGAAUAUAUUUCAACUCAUGAAAAUUUACCAUCCAGGGAAAUCGAAGAAUUAGUUGAACUUUUUAAAAGCAUCGCAAAAACCUAUUCUGAUUCACCAAUUGGAUUUGAUGUUUCAUUUAAAGUCAAUGUACAACCAAAUUUACCAGUUCUCUGUGCAGUAAAACAUAUUUGUUCCAACAUGUUCUAUCUAUUUACAUGGAUAGGAAUAGUGGCCCUGUCAAUUGUAGGUCUUUAUUUUGUUAUAUGCUACAUCUCAACGAAAAGUGAAAACUAUAAGCAAGAAGUGAACCAAUUAGUUGAAAAUACAAUUGAUUUACUAAAAGAACAAGCACAAAAUAAACCAAAUGAAAGUUAUCUACCCAUUAUUCAUAUACGUGAUCAUUUGAUUCCAUUCAAUGAGAGACAAGCAAAAUCUAAAAUUUGGGCUGAAGUAGUUCAAUACUUUACUGAAUCAGAAUCUAGUGUAAGAUCUGAAGUCCAAGAAAUUGACGGCGAAGACUUUCAAGUAUGGAGAUGGGUUCAACCUAUGUCACCUGGUAUAUAGUAUGAGUUAUGCUAAAUAAUGACAUAAUUUAAGUGACAAUUAACAUAUCUCAUAAUUUUUAUAAACAAUUUUGUUUUUACUUAAUGUUUAGAAAUCUUAACAUGUUCAAGCAAUCAAACAUAAAAUAGUUUUUACAUGAACAAAUUUUUAACUAUAAGUACUUAAAAUUAUUUGUAUUAUUAAGUAUUAUUAUUAAUUGAUCAAACAAUGUAUAAUGUUAAUAUUAACUAAUAGCCUUCAUAUUUUUGUACAAAACAAAAAUAAAACAACAUAUUAUA